UAUGAGCUUUCUUCUCCCACACAAUCUUAUCACUUAAUCUCUCUGCACAAACCAUAUUCACCACACAUUCUUUUAAUUUUCUUUCAACCAUAAUUUAAACGUAUCGUCCGAAACAACGAAUUAAACUGUAUAAAUAAUCCAGGGGAGGGGAAAUUGAUGUUUUAGUUUUAAUUGCAGCUGAUCACCCAUGGCAACUCACGCUGCUCUUGCUCCUUCGAGAAUCCCUGCCGGAACUCGGCUCCCUUCUAAGACUACUCACUCCUUCCUCACCCAAUGCUCCUCCAAGAGACUGGAUGUGGCUGAAUUCUCUGGUCUUCGAUCGAGCUCGAGCGUCACCUUCACCAAGAAUGUUCGAGAUGCAACCUUUUUCGAUGUGCUGGCUGCCCAACUCACCCCAAAGACUGUAGGUGCACCAUCAGCUCCUGUUAGGGGAGAAACAGUUGCCAAACUGAAGGUUGCAAUCAAUGGAUUUGGACGCAUCGGAAGGAACUUCCUCCGAUGCUGGCAUGGCAGGAAGAACUCGCCCCUCGAGGUCGUUGUCGUGAAUGACAGUGGUGGUGUGAAGAAUGCAUCACACUUGCUGAAAUACGACUCGAUGCUAGGAACAUUCAAAGCUGAUGUGAAGAUAAUCAACAAUGAAACCAUCAGUGUUGAUGGUAAGCUCAUCAAGGUCGUCUCUAACAGGGACCCUCUCAAGCUUCCUUGGGCUGAACUUGGCAUCGACAUUGUUAUCGAGGGAACCGGAGUCUUUGUGGACGGCCCCGGAGCUGGAAAGCACAUACAAGCUGGUGCCAAGAAGGUUAUCAUAACAGCUCCGGCUAAAGGUGCGGAUAUUCCAACCUAUGUUGUUGGAGUCAAUGAAGGAGAUUACGACCAUGAGGUUGCGAACAUCAUCAGCAAUGCUUCAUGCACCACAAAUUGCUUGGCUCCUUUUGUGAAAGUCAUGGAUGAAGAGUUUGGCAUUGUGAAGGGUACAAUGACAACCACCCACUCUUACACCGGGGACCAGAGGCUCUUAGAUGCUUCGCAUCGCGACUUGAGACGAGCCAGGGCUGCAGCAUUGAACAUUGUACCAACAAGCACGGGUGCAGCCAAGGCUGUGUCACUCGUGCUUCCCCAACUCAAGGGCAAGCUCAACGGGAUCGCACUUCGUGUGCCAACACCGAAUGUAUCGGUUGUCGACCUUGUUGUGAAUGUUAAGAAGAAGGGCAUUUCGGCUGAAGACGUGAAUGCUGCUUUCAGAAAGGCUGCCGAGGGACCAUUGAAGGGUGUGUUGGAAGUGUGCGAUGUUCCUCUUGUCUCGGUGGACUUUAGGUGCUCCGAUGUCUCCUCCACCAUCGACUCUUCCUUGACUAUGGUCAUGGGAGAUGACAUGGUCAAGGUGGUCGCCUGGUAUGACAAUGAAUGGGGUUACAGCCAAAGGGUUGUUGAUUUGGCACAUUUGGUGGCAGCCAAGUGGCCCGGUGCGGCCGCAGACGGAACCGGUGACUCCUUGGAGGAUUACUGCAAGACAAACCCAGCAGAUAAGGAAUGCAAAGUUUACGAGGCCUAAACGGAUGUUUUCCAAUGUUCAUGUAAACAACAAAUAAACAGGCUCAUUUGUAAUGACAGCAGAGUGACAUGAACAAAUUAGCAUUUCAAUUCAUGCAGCUCUUUGGAUUAA